AGUCAAUAGUGCAACUGAUAUAUUUCAACAGAUAUCGAUAUUGUCAUUUGGAGAUAUAAGUGUCGAAUCAUUUGGAUGUACGAAUAUUUCCUCUAGUUACUCAUCUGAUAAAGAUAUUAAACGAUAUGUCAAGCCUGAAUUUCCAAGAAAAUAAAAGCCACUAUGAGUCUAAUAUAAUAUCAAAUACCUGUUGUACAACUACAGACUUGGAUACUGGAAUUCACUAUCAUAACGUCUCUAUUCCAUUCCCAGUUAUUGAUAACCUUACAAAAUGGUUAUCAGUAGCAAUUCUCGCAGGUAUAAUAGUUUUCAACACUUUAGUAAUAAUGUUGUUGUUUCGCACAAAGAAGAAAAGCAGAAUGGGAUUUUUUGUUCAGAAUCUAGCAAUAGCAGAUUUAUGCGUUGGCUUAAUAUAUUCUUUACCAGAAGUAUUAGCGGUGAGAUUUGACGUUGGAUGGGAAGAACAUAUAUGUUAUAUUUUUAAGGGAAUUAACAUGUUUCCAAUAUAUGUAUCAACAUUUGCAAUAGUGACCUUGUCAUUAGAUCGUUUAUAUGUUAUUAUAAGGCCUGUCUCGUCAAUAGCACGUGGAAGGACAUACAGAUUUUGUUUAGUAAUAUUAUGUUGGAUUGCUGCACUAUUUCUUUCCAUACCAGGCAUUAUUUAUGUAAAAUACGACAAAGAACAGUCUGUUGAGUGCUUUUACGAUGCUGGACAACUAACAAAGCUUCAACUUAUGAUUGAUAUAAAUUUUAACCUCACAAUACCAGCCUUAAUAAUUGGUACGUGCUAUACCUGUAUUGUUAUAACAAUAUGGAAACGAGAAAGAAGUACAUAUCUGGAAGAGGGCACGGUAACUUCUCGACGCGCUACAAAUAUCAAAAGUGAUCGUUCCAAAAAGUUACGAUGUUCAAAUGUUAUAGCAAAAGCAAAGAUUAAGACUAUAAAACUGUUGUUCGUGGUUGUAACAGCAUAUAUUGUGUGUUGGACACCUGUAUGUGUUGGUACCUCAUUGCUUGUUUGGGGCAAAAUUGAGUACGGCACAACAUACAAACUCUUGUAUGUUCUGGCACCAUUAAAUAGCUUGGUGAACCCUUUGGUGUUUUUAUUAUUUAAUCGCAAGAUGUUUAAGGAAAAUGUAAAAACUCUUAAGAAAAUAUAUAUCAUAGGUACAUUUACAGCUUCGUUUUAUACACAUCUUUCAUCUAAGAGUUCAACAAGAUUGUCCGGAAAUUGAGAUACAUUGGACCAAUAUUUAAAAUAGUGUAUGCAACAAAUUAUUUGAGUGAUUGAGCCAACAAUAGUUUAUAAAUUGUGUACUUGGAGAAUUAACCAUACAAUACAAAUCAAAACUGGCUAUUGAAUACAAAUGCUUAUUAAUACAUUGUAAUUGCAUUUCAAUGCGAAUGACUAUAUUUGAUACAAUUUUUUAACUUGCAAUUAUUUUGUUUUUGUACAAUACUUUUACUGAAGUAUAUCAUAUUUAUAUUUUACUCACA